CCGAGGAAAGUGAUUUAUGGACAUUGAGUUGUCAAGCAGCCGCCGGCAGGGUCAGUGUGGGUUGCUCGUCAGGCACUUUUUGUUCCUUUGCAGUUAUAACAACCAACAGAAGAAGAAUUACAAGCCAUGGCUCCUACAAUAUAUGAGAGUUCAACAAGAAAAGGUAGUGGCCCUAGCAGACCUUCCCUAGAGGCUGAGCUCAGGGAGCUGUUAGGGAAGAGGAGUGGCCCUAGCAGACCUUCCCUAGAGGCUGAGCUCAGGGAGUUGUUAGAGAAGAUGACCAUGAUACUAGAUGAAGGGAUGGGAACAUAUUAAACAUGUCAUAACCAUAUUAACAUGUUAACUGCAUACCUCAGGUAGUGGCCCUAGCAGACCUUCCCUAGAGGCUGAGCUCAGGGAGCUGUUAGGGAAGAGGAUCAUGAUACUAGAUGGAGGGAUGGGCACCAUGAUCCAGGAGAGGCGAUUGGAGGAGGAACACUUCAGGGGGGAGGAGUUUAAAGACCACACCCACAGCCUGAAGGGCAACAACGACCUGCUGAGCAUCACCCAGAGUGAUGUCAUCUACAAUAUACACAAGGAAUACCUGCUGGCCGGGGCAGACAUCAUCGAGACCAACACGUUCAGUAGCACCUGUAUCGCCCAAGCCGACUACGGGCUGGAACAUUUGGCUUAUCGUAUGAACAAAGUGUCAGCAGAGAUCGCCAGGAAAGCAGCAGAUGACGUCACCAACCAGACAGGUUGUAAGAGAUACGUGGCGGGCGCCAUGGGCCCCACCAAUAAAACCCUGUCUGUGUCUCCCUCGGUGGAAAGACCAGACUUCAGGAACGUCACCUUUGAUGAGCUGGCUGAGGCCUACACUGAGCAGGUCCGGGGUCUGUUGGAUGGAGGAGCGGAUAUUAUCAUGGUGGAGACCAUCUUUGACACGGCCAACGCCAAGGCAGCACUGUUUGCUAUCGACAAACUGUUUGAAGAGAGCUACGAACCAAGACCUAUAUUUAUCUCAGGCACCAUCGUGGACAGGAGUGGUCGAACUCUCUCGGGACAGACAGGAGAGGCCUUCGUCAUCAGUGUGUCCCAUGCCAAACCCCUCUGUAUUGGUCUUAACUGCGCCUUAGGAGCCACUGAGAUGAGGCCUUUUAUUCAAGCUAUUGGGAAAUGCACCACCGCUCACGUCUUAUGCUACCCCAAUGCAGGUCUCCCCAAUACGUUCGGUGGAUACGAUGAGACCCCGGAGUUGACAGCCUCACAUUUAAAGGACUUUGCUACAGAUGGUCUGGUGAAUCUGGUUGGUGGAUGCUGCGGAACGACUCCUGCACACAUCAGGGCCAUUGCUGAGAAAGUGAAGCACUGCCAGCCCAGAGUGCCCCCUACUGCCGUCUUCCAGGACUACAUGCUACUCGCAGGUCUGGAGCCGUUCCGGAUUGGUCCGUACACUAACUUCGUCAACAUCGGCGAGCGUUGCAACGUGGCUGGAUCGAGGAAGUUCGCCAAGUUGAUCAUGUCGGGAAACUACGAGGAGGCGUUGAGCAUAGCCAAGACCCAGGUGGAGAUGGGAGCCCAGGUGUUGGACAUCAACAUGGAUGAAGGGAUGCUGGAGGGUCCUGCCGCCAUGGCCCGGUUCUGCUGUCUCAUAGCCUCCGAGCCUGACAUCGCCAGGGUAGGAAUCCACUGGACAUUUCAAAAAGAUAGAUACCUGCGCACUCUCACGUUUUAAUCAUGUUUUCUAAAC